AGACUGCUAGCCCUUUUGCGUCUGGCCAUGGUCACUGCCACAUAGAUAUUCUUCCCUCUGCUGUAAGGCUUCAUUUCCAUACAUGCCAGCUGAAUUCAAUUUGUUCCCAGUCGAAAGACACCUGUUGGUGAAGUUUUGAAUAUGGCCCUAUUAGGACUAGUCACAGGAGCAGUGGCGGGCAUGGUCCUCGCAAGCUUGGUUGCAGAAACAGACGACAGCAAAGAAGAAAGAGUGAGUGAAGAGGAAAGUGAGAGUGAAGAAGAAAGUGAGAGCGAAGAAGAAAGUGAGAGCGAGGAAGAAAGUGAGAGCGAAGAAGAAAGUGAGAGCGAAGAAGAAAGUGAGAGCGAAGAACAAAGAGUGAGCGGAAAACAAAGUGUGAGCGCGAGAGAAGAGGAAAGUGAAGAUGAAUGCUGUGAACAUUGCGGAAUGAUGGAAGGAAAGAAAAAAAAAAGAAAAAGAAAAAGAAACCACAAUCUUAAUUUAGGAUGAGGAAUCGAGAGAAAGCUUCGAGCUUUGUCUCACUGUAUUUGCUUUCAUUCUAUCUUCAAGCACACACACACACACACACACACAAACAUACGCAAACACACACACACAUGCACACACACACAGAC